ACCAUAAACGACAGUGAGAGAGAGAGAGAGAAUUGCAUUUGUUCAAACAUGUCGUCUUCGCAAUCUCUAACUCUGGUCUCCAACUCCACUGUCUUUCCACACCACAAAUCCACUCUCGGAGACCUCAAACUCUCUGUCUCUGACCUCCCAAUGCUCUCUUGCCACUACAUCCAAAAGGGUUGUCUCUUCACUAACCCUUCUCUCCCCAUUCACUCCUUACUCUCUCUCCUCAAACACUCUCUAUCUCUAACUCUCACCCACUUCCCUCCUCUCGCCGGCCGCCUCUCCACAGCCCCCGACGGCUCCGUCUACAUCUCCUGCAUCGACUCUGGCGCCGACUUCAUUCACGCCAAUGGAAACCACAUUCACAUCAUAGAUAUUCUCUCUCCUAUUCAUGUACCCGAGAUGGUCAAAGAUUUCUUUCCAUUUGAUCGGACGGUCAGCUACGAAGGCCAUUUCAAGCCGAUUUUGGCGGUGCAGGUGACGGAGCUAGCCGACGGGAUCUUCAUCGGCUGCGCCGUUAAUCACGCCGUCACUGACGGGACUUCGUUUUGGAAUUUCUUCAAUACUUUUGCGGAGAUUUGCAGGGGAGUGAAGAGGGUUUCGAAGGUUCCAGAAUUUCGAAGAGAGUCGGUGUUGAUUUCUGAAGCGGUGCUUCGAUUCCCAAAUGGGUCUCCGAAAGUCACUUUCUCGGUUGAUUUGGAGUUGCUGGAAUCGCUUUUGAAGCUCAAGGCUAGAGUAAAUAACAAUGAAAAAUGGAUCGAAAACGAAGAAACCAACUCCAUUGAAUCAAUAGGUAAGCAAAGCAAUGAUACCCUGAUGUUCGAUCAUGGCAAAAACAAUCAAAUUCUCGGGAAUUUGAUCAGAAACAGAGACCCAAAUGAGAUUUCUUCGUUCCAAUCGCUAUGCGCGCUGCUCUGGCGAUCGGUGACUCGAGCCAGGAACUUGCUGGCGGGAAAAACGACGACGUUUCGGAUGGCGGUGAAUUUUCGUCACCGGCUCCAGCCGAAGCUCGAGCCGUACUAUUUCGGGAACGCGAUUCAGAGCGCGCCGACUUACGCCGCCGCCGGGGACGUGACGUCCAAGGAUUUACGGUGGUGCGGCGAGCAGCUGAAUAAGAGUGUGGUGGCGCACGAUGAUGUAAUGGUGAGGAGGUUCGUAGAGGAUUGGGAGCGCGACCCGCGUUGCUUUCCGUUGGGGAAUUUUGAUGGGGCGAUGAUUACGAUGGGUAGUUCGCCCCGGUUUCCUAUGUAUGAGAAUGAUUUCGGGUGGGGCAGACCCAUGGCCAUUCGGAGCGGGCGGGCUAAUAAGUUUGAUGGGAAGAUAUCGGCGUUUCCGGGUCGGGAAGGUGGUGGGAGCGUGGAUCUUGAGGUGGUUUUGGCGAGCGAAACUAUGGCAGGUUUGGAGUCGGAUUCGGAGUUUAUGCAGUACGUUACGGGUUGGUGAAUGGUUACCGGAUUUGUUUGUUGUUGAUGGGUUUGAGAACGGUUGUGUAGGUUAUGGGUUUGGACGGUCUGGAUUUAAUCGUGUGGGGACAAGGAUGAGAGAAGACUUUUUGUCAAAUUGUGUUAUAUUUUCAUUAAUGUUUUGUACCAUUUUGUUAGUUUUAAUUCAUUAAUGAAAACUAGUUAAUAUUAACUAGCUUAUGACC